AUGAGGUUUCGCGCGGGAGUUUGGGGCGGGGAGGACGUUAGGGUGGUAUCCCUGCGUCACUCCCCGUCCAGGGGUGGAACCGCUUUGGUUCGCUGUUCGGUUGAGGCAGCGGCCAAGGCAGUCAAGAAGGCUAAGCUUCCGGUGGGAUGGUGCUACAGGUGUUUCCAGCCUGGGCACUGCAGGGCUCAGUGCUCCAGCUUGGUCGACCGCAGCGAUCUGUGUUAUCGCUGUGGUCGGCCGGGGCACAAGGCGGCUGGUUGCAGCGAGGAAAAGAAGGGCUAUUCCCUCUGCGAAGAGAAGGGCUGGGAGUCCUUCCACCGGAUGGGUGGUGCCUGGUGCCCGGCCGUCGGUCGGGGAGCUGCCAUGCCCAUGGUCAAUCCUCCGUGA